UAUGACACGAAUAUGUAUUGUUCAAAUUAUCCAGAAAAAAACGUUGCUGAGCUUGUACUAGCCAAAGAUGACAACGACUGAAGAGGAAAUAACACGGGGACAUGAACUUUACCUGAGACAUCUUUUACUUCUGGGGCAAGCUGCACCCUUGGGUGUAAAGGCCGUAAUUGAAAGAGAAGUCAGGAAACGAUGCAUGGGAAAUCUUGCCAAUCUUUUAGCUGAAAAGAAGGAUAUUUUUCAAGAUAACUACAGUGCAGAGUUUCCUCUGUUAUUUCAAGACGAUGAAGUUAAUGCAGAUAUCGAUUCGUGGGACAUACACUUGCUCUGCGUUGUAACAUUGGUCCUAUUUGAGUCGUGUCUUACCAAUACAGAACUGAAAGCAAUAAUAUGUAUAAGUGACCAAAGAAAAGACUUAGAAAAUUAUGCCCACUCUGCAACGCUUAGCUACAAGACCUUCGAGACAAAAUGGGAUCCUUUACAUUCUGCAAUACUGGAUCUUAUCAAAGAAAUUAAUGACGAGACAGCUAAGUUUCAGUGUAAACGAAUGAUUCAUUCUUUUAAAUCAGAAUCCGUCAGAGUUAACAUUGAACUGAUAAAUAGAAUAAAACAGACGAAAGAUGUCAACACGCAUGUUUAAAUGGCUAUACAAGACAAAGUCAUCCCGAAAAUUCAUGGAGAGGAAGAUGUCCGUUGUUACCAAAACAAGCUUCUAGAAAUACAAACUGACAACCCAGUAUUUACAGAGACUCUUCAAGAUACGUUUGUCUAUGUUGACGAACCGGCAAUUCUCACAUGUAAACUCAACGUUUCUGAGAAAGCAGUCAUGUGGGUACAGGAUGACCAACCGGUAGAGGAAUCGGACAACUUAAUGUUUGUUGACAAGAAAUGUUUCCAUUGGUUAGCGAUAUCUCAUGCAAAGAUAACAGAUACAGGGUAUUAUUCUUGUAUAUGUGGUCAGUCUUCAACAACGGCUUUCUUCAAAGUCUCAGAGAAACCUUUGAAGAUAAUUGAGAACUUACAUGUAGCGACAGCAGAAAUCAACGUAAGAGUGAAUGCGGAUAUCAUCCUAACUUGUAGAGUCGACCAGAAUUCAAACAAUAGUGUUUGGCGACAUAACGGCAAAGAAAUUAAACCGUGUGAUAGACUACGUGUAUCAGUACAGGAACUAGAACAUAAACUUACAAUCUAUAAUGCUACUUUAGAAGAUGAGGGUGAUUACACAGUUGAUUAUGGUGAUGUGAAAUCAAACACAACUCUAACACUUAAAGAAAAUCCAGUGUUCACAAAAAAACUUCAAGACAUGUUAGUUUAUGUCGGCGACCCAGCAAUUAUCGCAUGCAAACUCAAUGUUUCUGACAAAGCAGUAAUAUGGCGUCAUAACUACAAACCUGUAGUAGCAACAGACAACUUAAAACUUGUUGCAGAUACCUGUACCCACUGGUUAGCGAUUUCGAAAACAAAGAUGACAGAUUCAGGAUAUUAUUCGUGCGCAUGUGGCAUAGAAUCAACAACGGCUUCCCUCAAAGUUUCAGAAAGACAUCUGAUGAUAACCGAAGAAUUGCAUGUAACUACACCAGCGGCAGAUGUCAGAGAGAAUAUGGAUAUUGUUCUAAUGUGUGCGGUCAACCUACAUACGAAUGAAGUGAUAUGGCAACAUGACGGCACAGACAUUACACAAGGUAUAAAACACCUCGUCGCAGUGCAGGGGCUAGAACAUAAGCUUACAAUUAGGAAUGCAAAGUUUGAGGACGAUGGUGAUUACACAGUUGCCUUUGGUGAGAAAAAGUCAAGUACAAUCUUGACAAUAAAAGGCAACCUUAAUCUUUUACACAAAAAACAACUGACAGAAGAUCUGUUCAAAAAUUGGAUCAGAGGUGCCCUAGGUAUAAAAUAUUUGAAACUGGGCAUACAGGAGUUUGCUGAAAAUUCCGUACAAUCGCAUCACUUUGAAAUUAUGAAACAGCUUUCAUCUGUUGUGAAUAUAUGUACAAAUUGUACAGUAGAUAUUCUUCUCCCGUCACACAUGCAGGGACAGUGCCCCCAAAAAUCAAAGUGUCUGUGUUCUAAACAGCGAAAAAACAGGAGGAUUUGUCAGAGACAAGGAUUUUGUAGUAAGUUUUAUGAUAAGAUACUAUUUGAUCACCGAUUCUUCGACUUAACGCUUAUGAACACAGAUAUUCAAUCAUGGGGCACCGAUCCUUGGAGUGUUGCUACGUGCUAUAUCAGCACUACUGGUUACAGAGGCAAGCUGUCGGCGAAAGAAGUUGACUGUUCGGGAUUAUUGAGUAUGUUGAUCAACAACAAUUUUAUCCAUAGAAGUCUCGGUGACGUGGAAAUAAAUGGAGAAACAGACCUAUUUAAAAAGGCGAGGGAUGCACGCAAUGACAUACUUCACAAUAUUGAUUUGUUCAAAGCUGUAUUGGAGAUUAAAGACGCCAAAGGCGAAGCCCCACUUUCCGGACAACCAGGUGCUCAAGACGCCAUUGGUUAUCUGAAUGAGUUACCAAAAAUGCAGAUCGAUAUAUGUGAUUCCCAAGAUUUUCACAAGCGAAUACAAGAUAUAAAAGAACAUACAAGUGAUCAAUUAGCGAAGAUAGAGGAAGCCAAGAAGCAGCAUUAUAUAAAAGUUCAACAAUUAGAGCAACAACUGAAAAUGACAGAGAAAAACCUUCAGCUGAUGCGUGAUCUCUGGUCAACACCGGAAAAAAGUAAACCCAAAGAUCCUUUCGAACUAGAGCUACAUGUACAAGUUACCAAACCAGCAGGUGAGACAAGCACAGAAGGGAAUCAACGUAUUUAUCAAACCAUGAAAAAAUACGUAGAGAGAAUAGAAACACCAAUGAAUUCUACUGAUCAAUCGGUUCACCGCUUGCUUGGCUACAUAAGUAAACUUAAAGAGUGUAAGAUUGUUGAUGUUUUGAAAAAAGAGAAAUAUGCCUACAUCAAAGUCCACUGUUCUACUUGUGAGGCGAUUCAAGAGUUUCUCAAGUUAAUCAAUGGAAACGAGUUUCAGGAAGAAGUAGUUGUUCUACGAAAAUGCUUAGAGAGGGAGGAAAACAUAAAAGUACAUGAUGUGAUAGUGAGCUGCUCGUCGGAAAGCAUAAGAAAUACAAGGAAGCGUCUAU